CAAGAAACAACUUGCUCUAUUUACGUUUUGCCAGUUUCACCGGUUAAUUCCUUUCUGUUGUGACUUGUGACACAUUCAGCCAAUUUUCAUCAUGGCACAAGGAGAUGUGUCGAUCGAGCUAAUUGAAUGUGUAGAUUUUGCAGCAAUAAAACAUCGAAAUCAGAGACGAAAGGAUAGCGAUUCUACUCCGUACAUAAAUCAUCCCGUAGGUGUUGCUAGAAUCUUGACGAGUGAAGCUGGCAUUAAAGACCUUAUUGUUCUGCAAGCUGCACUUCUGCAUGACACUGUUGAAGAUACCGACACAACAUUUGAGGAACUGGAGAAAAAGUUUGGGAAAGCUGUCACAGAUGUUGUGCGAGAGGUAACUGAUGACAAAAGCCUCCCGAGUGAAGAGAGGAAGAGAUUACAAAUUGUUCAUGCUCCCACAUCCAGCCAUGAGGCUAAGCUAGUAAAACUAGCUGACAAACUGUACAACCUCCGAGACUUGUGUAAGGGUACUCCAAGGGGUUGGUCUUCUAGACGAUGCGAAGAGUAUUUUAAAUGGUCAAAGAAAGUUGUAGAUGGUUUACGUGGUAACUGCCCUGCUAUUGAAAAAGAAUUGGAUAAAAUAUUCAUUGCUAAGGGAUUAAUGUAAAUACCAUAACAUUUUAAGGCAAAUUUUGUAUUGCAUUAUUGUACAAAAUGAUACAUAUGUCUGAUUAAAAACAAGAAAAACA